UGGAUAACGGUUGCUAUCAAAUUUCGUGUGAAGCACAAGAGUUUCCGAUGGUGGUUAUUCCAACGGUCACCGGAUUAUCAACCGGCGCACGCUUACUAUCGGUGCCGCGCACGAUAGCCACAGCUGCUAGAGCUUCGCCUUCUUCUCUUCCCUCGCUCUGUUACUUGAAGAAGAGCUAUUACUCUCCGCAACGCCGGAGUGUUCUGCCGGCAAGGAAGCUUGUGAUACGAGCUGCAAGAACAGAGUCCAAAGGCGUCUCUCUUGGUUUCAGAGCUCCCAAUUUUGAGCUUACGGAGCCGCUCACUGGUAAAGUUUGGAACCUUGAUGAUUUUGAAGCAUAUCCUGCAUUGCUGGUUAUGUUCAUCUGCAACCAUUGUCCAUUUGUCAUACAUUUGAAGAAGGAUAUUGUUAAACUCUCAAAUUUCUACAUGAAGAAAGGGCUAGCGGUGGUAGCAAUAUCUUCAAACUCUGUAGUUACACAUCCACAGGAUGGACCUGAAUUCAUGGCUGAAGAUGCUAAGUUCUUCAAAUAUCCUUUCCCUUAUCUUUAUGAUGAGUCACAAGAAGUGGCAAGAGAUUUUGGGGCUGUUUGUACACCAGAAUUUUUCCUAUUCAAAAAGGAUGGCAGAAGGCCCUUUGAGCUAGUGUAUCAUGGACAAUUUGAUGAUUCUAGGCCAAGUAACAAUGUGCCUGUCACGGGAAGGGACUUAAGCCUAGCGAUAGAUUGUGUACUUAGUGGCCAGCCAGUUUCAUCAACUCAAAAACCCAGCAUUGGUUGCAGUAUAAAAUGGAAUCCAGGGGGGAAGCAGUAAGCAUCAUCUCUCAGCUGUCUAUGAGUUUUUUCCAGCCACACAUGUAAGUGCAUCAGAUUAUCCACGUGGCUGAUGACUGUUGGAGUACUGGCACAUUUGCGUUAUUUUUGCUAUGCCUCUUCUAGCAUUGUGAAUUGAGCUUUGAUCUCAAAGCUAUAAUUAGGAGAACUAAGAUUCUUUGAUAUGCCAAUCACCACACUUCAUGUAUAUGUUACUUGCGUUGUAUUUCCUUGCAAAGCCCAGGGUUUUACAUUGUAUGUGCUGUCCUUACUUAUGCAAGGGUUGAACUACUAAUUUUGUAAGAUUUAAUGCUGGAUCGUGGAAUAUGUUCCGAAAGGAGCCAAAAAUAAAAGAAAUUGUUGCCAAAUGGAGCAAUAUGCUACCACACAAUUGUAGCCGAUUGCAAAAGUAUGAGCCAAUUACUAAUUUUGGUUCUCUUUGAUAUUGUAAAUUGACUUCUGUUCCUCCUAGUGAUUUGUAAAUACAUUGUAAUUUCAUUCCUUCACACUUUA